AUGGGGGGAGCGAGUUCAUCGCUGAGGCUGGUAGGCGCGCUGCCAUCGGACGUGCAUGGGAUGAUGUACGAGCACCUGAUCUCUCCGCGCAACCUUGUGUGGACCAUGGACGAGGCUGCGGUGACCGCGGGGAUGCUGAUCUCGGUGUGCAUGGAUGUGCGGGAGGGCUUUGCCCGUGGGCUAUGGGCGAGGCUGAGGAGUGUGUUGCCUUGUCCUCGGGGGCAGCAGCACGGAGUUGUGGAUAUGAGGGGGUUUAUCCGUGAGGUCGGGAUCAAGCGGGUCCGUGGAGGGUCCUCUCUUGAUGAGAGGGUUGUGUCGUAUUUCGAGGAGAGGCCCGAUAUGCUGAUGAACCCGAUCCAUCCACUGCAGCGGAGGGUGACGACGUGCGGGGAGAAGAUGUUCUACUGGAGGGCGAGGAGGACGUUCAAGCUGGAGGAUGGGGCCCUCAAGGGGACGCCGAAGACCUUGGCGAUGAAGGGGACGGGGAAAACCUUGGCGAUGAAGGGGACGGGGAAGACCUUGGCGAUGAAGGGGACGCCGGUUCGCCUGUACGCCAUGCGUCACCCCCCGAAGCUUUACGGGUUGCAACGUCUACAGCAAAUACUCAAGGCACCUCCGCUGGAUAACACACGAAGUAUCGACCCGUGGCACAUACAGCAAGGGGGAGGACAGACCACCUGA